CCAAGUCACGGCAUCCUCCGCGUUCGCACGGGGCAAGAUCGUGCCAUGUCAGGCUGCACGGACGAACAGCCGCGCCGCGUCCGCGGCGACGCGCCCCACCACCUCCUCCUCCUCGUCGUCACCUGCGCCGCGGCCGUUGGCACCGCGGCGGCCUCCGGCUCCGGGUGCCCCGCCGACCAGGCCGCGGCGCUGCUUCGGCUGCGGCGGUCCUUCCAGCGGCCGGAGCUGAGCCUGCCGUCGUGGCGCGCGCGCACGGACUGCUGCCGCUGGGAGGGCGUCACCUGCGGCGCGGCGGCCCCGGGGCGGGGCGGCGCGGUCGUCGUCACGGCGCUCGACCUCGGCGGCCGCGGCCUGAGGAGCCGCGCCGGCCUCGGCCUCGACGGCGGCUCCCUCUUCCGCCUCGCCACCCUGCGGCGCCUCAGCCUCGCGGGCAACGACUUCGGCGGCGCGGAUCUCCCGGCGGCCGGGUUCGAGCGCCUCGCCGAGCUCACCCACCUCAACCUCUCCGGCGCCGGCUUCGCCGGCCCGGUGCCCGCCGGCAUCGGCGCCUUGCGCAACCUCGUGUCCCUCGACCUCUCCGACAACAACCAGGGCUACUCCGACGACGGGUCGGUGAUCGCCUUGUCCGGGCCGAUUCCCGAGUUCUUGGCCGAGUUCCAGCACCUCACCGUCCUUCAGCUCUCGAACAAUGACUUCAACGGCUCGCUUCCUCGGAGCAUCUUUCAGCUGCCGAGGCUACGGGUGCUCGACGUGUCGUCCAACGCCGACCUCGCCGGCAGCUUGCCGGUGCUCCCCGCCGGUAGCUCCUUGGAGGUUCUGAACCUGAAAGAAACAAGCUUUUCUGGUCAAAUACCAACCUCUAUCGGCAACCUGAAACAUCUGAAGACUCUGGACAUCAGCGGGACCAAUGGCUCUGGAGGGAUUCCCGCCUCGAUCGGUGGCCUUGCAUCACUGAGCUUCUUGGAUCUGAGCAGCAGCGGGUUCCAAAUCGGAGAGCUGCCGGCUGCCAUCGGCAGGCUGCAGUCACUGUCCACUCUGCGGCUCACCGGGUGCGGCAUCUCAGGCGAAAUACCAUCGUCGUUUGCGAAUCUGACACGCUUAACUGAAUUGGACCUCUCGCGAAACAAUAUCUCAGGGCAAAUAACUUUCUUCAGCAAGGAAUCAUUUCUGAAUCUAAAGAGCCUACAACUAUGCUGCAACUCCCUAUCAGGGCCGGUUCCUAGCUUCAUAUUCUCUCUUCCUCAGGUGGAAUUCAUAUCGCUUAUGUCGAAUAAUCUAGCUGGUCCACUCCCUGAAUUCUCCAGCCCUUCUCCAUUCCUGCAAUCCAUUUACCUGGACUACAACCAGUUGAAUGGAUCGAUACCCAUGUCCUUCUUCGAGCUCACGGGUUUACAGACUCUUGAUCUCUCUAGAAAUAGCUUAACUGGAGCAGUAAAACUUAGCUCCUUCUGGAAACUCACAAAUUUAAGUAACCUCUGCCUGUCAGCUAACAAACUGACAGUGAUAGUGGACGAUGAGCACGUCAGUUCUUCGUCUGCAUCGCUCCCUCAAAUCAACGCUCUGGGGUUAGCAUGCUGCAACAUGACCAAGAUCCCCUCCAUAUUAAGGUAUGUUUUGGUACACGAUCUUGACCUUUCUUGCAACCAGAUUGGUGGAUCUAUACCUAAGUGGAUAUGGGGUGGCCAGGUUGAGAACGUAGAUGUGUUCAAGUUCAAUCUUUCUCGCAACAAGUUUAGCAGCAUAGACCUGCCUCUUGCUAAUGCCAGCGUAUACUAUCUUGAUCUCAGUUUCAACAAGAUUCAAGGGCCCAUACCCAUCCCAGUGUCUCCACAGUUCUUGGAUUACUCAAACAACCUCUUCUCAUCCGUCCCACAGUACUUGAUGGAACGAGUAAGCAGUCCUUUCUUUCUGAAUCUAGCCAACAACACACUGCAUGGAGCCAUCCCACCUAUGCUCUGCAACGCAAGCAAUCUCCAGUUCCUCGACAUCUCUUACAACAAUUUCAGUGGCCAUGUUCCAUCUUGUCUAGUAGAUGGACACCUGACCAUCCUGAAAAUGAGACAGAACCGACUUGAGGGCAGGCUCCCUGAUGAUAUCAAAGGAAGGUGUGUUUCCCAGACGAUCGAUUUCAACGGGAAUCAGAUAGAGGGGGAGCUGCCAAGGUCCCUCUCGAACUGCAGUAACUUGGAGGUUUUCGAUGUCGGAAACAACAAUUUCAGUGGCUUGUUUCCUAGCUGGAUCAUGAAGCUGCCCAACCUUAGAGUUCUAGUGCUGAGAUCCAACAGAUUCUCCGGUGCAGUGGAUAAAAUUCCAAUCGAGAGUGAUCAAAACAGGACUGAUUUCUUAAGCUUGCAGAUCAUUGAUCUGGCCUCAAACAACUUCUCCGGCACAUUGGAUCCACGGUGGUUCGAGAAGCUCAGAGCGAUGAGGAUGGCUACCACCAGCAGCACGAACAAGAACGACGCGCCGCUUGCCCUGGAGAACAACCUGUCAGGGAAACUGUACCGUGACACGGUGGUGGUCACGUACAAGGGGACACCCACGACGGUGAGCAAGAUCCUGGUGGCCUUCGCCGUGAUUGACUUCUCCGGCAACGCGUUCGCCGGCGCCAUCCCCGCGUCGAUCGGGAGGCUCGCGUCGCUGCGCGGGCUCAACCUGUCGGGUAACGCCCUCGCCGGGGCGAUCCCGCCGGAGCUCGGCGGCCUGCGGCAGCUCGAGUCGCUGGACCUCUCGUCCAACCGGCUGGAGGGGCGGAUCCCGGAGGCGCUGGUUUCGCUGACCUCUCUCGCCUGGCUGAACCUCUCCGGCAACCGGCUGGAGGGGAGCGUCCCGCAGGGAGGGCAGUUCCUGACGUUCACCAACGCCUCGUUCCAGGGGAACCCGGGGCUCUGCGGCAAGCCGCUGUCUCGGCGGUGCGACGGUGGUGGUGGUUCGGACACGGGAGGAGCCCCUGCGUCGGAGCACGGGAGGAGCUCGGAGGACACCAUCGUGAUGUUCUGUCUCGCCGGGUCAGGGUAUGGCCUGGGCUUUGCGGUGGCCAUCCUGUUUCAGCUGGCCUGCAGAGGCCAAAAGAUGGAACGUCUGCUAGGACUGCGUUUGUGCAUGGGGCGGAGUGAACGCUGAGUGAUGUAACCUGCGGCUAUGAUUUUGGCCGUGUUUAGUUCAUGUAAAAAUUUUGCGUUGAAAUUUUGCUAAUUUGAAGUACUAAAUAAAAUUUAUUUACAAAUUUU